AUGGCCGCCAUGGUUUUUGUUGUAUCCGCUUUUGCCGUUUUGGUACAGGGUAUCUCAGCUCAGUGCAUCGGCAAUGCAUUCCUAGCAGAAGCAGGUAGCCCGUUCGGCUACCCUAAUGGCCCAGCAUAUGGAGCUCCCUAUGGCGUCUACGGAGAAAGAGCAGUAGCCCCAACGAGCGGAGCGGCCCAUGCGGCUGGCGUAGCUCCUGGAAGAUUUGGUUAUGGAGCUGGUAUGGCUGCACCAGGUUUUGCUGCCCCUGGUUUUGGUUAUAAUGGCUUUGGAGCUGUUUAUUAA